AUGGCGCCCUCGAAAGCACCCACCUCGUGGGACGACGAAGACUCCGACAGCACGCCUCCCUCUUCUCCUCCAGCCGUCGCAGCGCGGCGAGGCAAGUUCGACGAUGAGGAAGAUGACGACGUGCUGGAGUCAUGGGACGCCGCCGAAGACAGCGAGGAGGAGCGCGAAAAAGCAAAGAAAGCCGCCGAAGCCAAAGCUAAGGCCGACGCUGCUGCGAAGGCGAGCCACAAGUCCAAGUCCCAGCGGAUAGAAGAGAAGCGCCAGGAGAACAUGCGCCGACGGCGGGAGAUGGAGGACGAGAGCAGCGACGAGGAGGAAGAUGAGGCGACGAAACGUGCACGACUCCGAGAGUCAGAGAAGGCCAGCGACCUCAAGAACGCCGAGGACCUUUUCGGCGGCGUCGGUGGUGUCCCAAACACGCGUGCAGCAGGGAAGCCGGUGACUGUGCAGGAUAGCGAUGAUCCGACGAGCACGGUCGACCUGAGCAAGCUAAAGAUCUUCAACCCGAGCACCUUGGGACAGUUCACGCAGCUCCGAGAGGCGCUUGUGCCGCUACUUACGGCCAACUCGAAGAAGCCGCAGUACGCAUCGUUCAUGAAGGAGUUCAGUAAGCAGCUGGUCAAGGAUCUCAACAGCGAUCAGGUGAAGCAGAUUAGCAGUGCUUUGUCGACCAUCAGCAACGAGAAGAUGAAAGAGGAGAAGGCGGCAGAGAAGGGUGGCAAGAAGACGAAGGCUGUGAAGACGAAGACGAGUUUGAGUGCGAACAGGGAUGUGUCGGCGAAGGCGGAUGUCACGAAUUACGACGACGGGCUUGAUGAUGAUGACUUUAUGUGA